GUUCGCUUUGCGACGCGUCCCCGCUGACACUUCCCAAGACAACACUACAGUAAACUGCAUUAGCAAGGUCGAAAGUAGGACAAUAACGUUAACUUUGCACUUUAUGCUCGUCCAAAGGUCUUGUUUUAUUGAUCACCGGCUCCUGCCUUUUGGAAACAUCACGGGUCAAUAGGAGAAGACUGCUUUGCACGUCCCGGGCUGUGUUUUUGUGAGGGCAGCGAUAGCAUUUAGCUCGUUUAACGUUAGCAGUCAUCAUGGCUAUGGUGGGGCUGAGAGCUUCUUACCACAGAAUCCUCGACAGGAUGGAGCACAUGCUGCCGGCUAAACUGAGACCCUUUUAUAACCACCCUGCAGGUCCAAAGACUGUCUUCUUCUGGGCACCAAUGUUCAAAUGGGGCCUGGUCUUAGCUGGAUUAGCAGACAUGGCACGUCCAGCUGAUAAACUCAGUACUUCCCAGUCUGCUGUGCUGACAGCUACAGGUCUCAUCUGGUCCAGGUAUUCCCUGGUUAUUAUACCCAAGAACUGGAACCUGUUUGCUGUGAACUUCUUUGUUGGUAGUGCAGGAGGAUCACAGCUCUACAGGAUAUGGAUGCAUAACCGAGAACAGAAGGCAAAGGAGAAAGAAGCACAGGCUUGAUAGCAGUGCUGUUUAAAGUGCAUCCAGAGGACCGAAAGGGACUCUCCUCUACUGCUAACCCAGAAACUUCCCCUCCAUCAUCAUCAUCAUCAUCAUCAUCAUCAGUCAUCCAGUAGAGCCUCCACACACACCUUCUUUAAUAAUAAACACAGAUCAUAGGAUUUGUUUUAGAGUUCAGGUCAUCCUAUCGUGCCACUAGAAUCUAUAGCAACAAUUCUUACGGUUGUUAAUAACGCACAAAAUGUUACAUAUUCAUCUUAGUACGAUUGUACAUUCUUUUUAAAUCCUUAUGUUUGAAAUGCAUCAGGAUCAAGGUGCUUUCCAUCCAGCAUACUUGAGUUGCCAUCCUAAUUUCUGACUAAUGAGUGCAUUUUUUCUCUUGACCUCUGUCAUGCUGUUAACAGAAUGUCUCCAAAUAAAUUUUAUAAAAGUC